GGGAAGGAGACAUUUACACGCAUAUUUUGUGGUGGAUUUUCAAUGUCAAUGCUUUUCAUGACAUUCAAAUCGGAUUUUGAGUCUCCAUGCACUUCUUGUUUUGGAGCGGACUAUCUCAUUUUGCAGCGACAUGCUCGUUUGUUUUGGGCUCUUUGGAUUAUUGCUGUAUAACACAGUAGUAGCAAACGGCGUGUGUAGCUUCACGUACUCCCAAAAAGACGAGAUCAGAGCAUUGUCACAGCACUACGAGGAAAAGGGAUACAAACAGUGCGAGUACAACAUUCGAGCACCGAGAACAAAUUUUAUAGAAUUGAAUAUUACUCGAUUUUUUGGCUUCCGUUCUCGAUCUUCCAUGACAACCGGUAACUUACAGUCAGUUGGAUCAUACAACAAAGACGUGAAGAGCGCAUGCGUACCGCCGGAACUGGUCUUGACGGAAACGGAUAGUGACGACGAAAAUAGACAAGAAAAUAUUGUGAGAAUUUGUAGAAAUUCGCGGUAUAUAGGAUUCCCAAAAGUCUUUCAUUCUAAGUUAAAUGUUGUUAAAAUAACGUAUAUAUGGGUGGAGAAUCAUUCCAGUGGAUUUACUUUGGAUUUUGACUUUCACCAGAACACUUCCUGUUCGCAGAUCUGUGAUGACCGUGUAUGCCUGUCGGACCAUCAGUUGUGUGACGGACGAGCAGACUGCACGGAUAACUCCGAUGAGCACAGUUGUCCUCCUUUCUCACAGAGCACCGGUGCUUCACAAUCACCAUCUGAUGUUGAGUUGAUCCAGGCCGUGGCCAUCCUACUCAGCGUGGUUUUAAUGCCCGGCCUUCUCCUCAUCAUUUGUGUGGUGAGCCCCUGCCCGCUGGCUUCUCGAAUGUGGCCACGCCGCAGACGCAGCAGAGACAGAUUAGAAAAUAGUCAGGGGCGGCCAGAGUCUUGCACCUCAGAGGUGGUGUAUGUGCCCUCUCCAACUCCUGCAACUAGCCAGGAUAAACUUCUCGACCACCAGAUCUCACAAAUACGCGAGCACCAGCAGCGCGUGCGCUCUGUACGGACAGACACUAUGCUCGACCUUCCCCCGCAAAUACCCAUCUCGAAAGAUGGAGAGGAGGGAUACCCUGAUAGUCAAAAACAUUUAUUAUGUAAACCCAGAAAUAUGAACGAUAUGAUAUUUAGGCCACCCCCAAAUAAAACUGUUCAUGAUCGUGAGAGCCCACCCCCGUAUGAUUCUAAAACUGCCAGUUUAGAAAAUUUUGCAAACCCAGCAAAUAGACUUGUAAGAGACUCUUACGGUGUUACUCGGAUGGUACGCUGUUUUAGCAUGUCGUCGAAUGUCAAACCGUCAGCGGCAAACGGCACAAAGGACGCAUCACGAUCGCAAAGACAGUCUGCUAACACAAGAACCCAUUCUAGGACGUUGUCUACAAAUUUAGCAGCAGACGGACAAACAAGAACUGCGAAAAAUAGUGUUUCACCAAAUUUACAUAUUGACGAACCACCUGACUACGAGGGUGUGAGUUCUAGUGAUAAUAAUAGUCAAGUAAGUCUAAAAAUAGACAACGUAUGAUAGGGCAGUUAUAAAGAGUUUGUGUGUAUUCUGUGCUAUAAAGUGACUGUGUGAAAACUCCAAGGUCGUUGAGUCUUGGUGCGUGUGAUCUUAAUUGCCUUUUAGGCUCUGUGAUUCUAUAUGACACUAUUGUGAAAAGUAUAAAUUAUACAAAUUUAUAUAUAUAACGUCUAUGUAUACAUCAACAGGCAAGAAACGCCACGUUAUGGCGCUACCUUGUCGUACACACCAAGCGUGUAUGUGUAUAUAACAGAGGCUGUUAAUCGUGAAAGCUUAAAAGUCGCGAAAUGUGAAUGCUUGUGCUGUAUGUGAAUUUUUCUGCAGCGAAUGCUGUCCAUCAUUGUCAAGGCUAAGUCGACUCAUUCUGAUUGGAUGAAGGAACAUUAUUCAUCUGUAAUAAAAUUAGCAUCAUGGUCAAAGUUUUGACCUAAAAUAACAGUCAUUUAGGGCAGAUUUUGUGUGAUAAAUGUGUUUUAUUUGUCUAAUUUUGUGAAACAAACGGUGCCAAUGCUUAUGAAGUACAGGAUACAUGAACUUUGUACAAGCCUUUAAAAAUGUAGAUUUUGGGUAUGUAUGUUACAUGAAUGAAACAAAGAACAAAAAAUGAUGUUAUAGGUAUUCAAAUGCUAUUUUGUUACCCAAAAUGUUCAUUUGUGGCGUAAUAUUUUUCGUUUUGGCGACCUAAUACGUUGUGAUAUAUAGCCAAUCAGAAGAGAUAGCAAGGUCAUGUGAUACGGUCUUAAGAAAUUAAGUUGUUUGUUUCUGCUAACCUGACUGACCGUGCGCCAAUUUCUUGAAAGUUCUUAAGCGUUACGUUAAGUAGCUUAUAUUUCAUAGAGCAAAUUCCUUACUUAAUUUUGAUUUUCAUUAAUCUCCUAUGCAGUAAGGGUACUUUAUCUUUUGGCUACUGAUAAUCAAUGUACUGAUAAGCCAUACACUGGCAGGCCUAAUAUGGCUUGGUUUGGCAUGAAGUAAAGGGUUUUAUAAAAAUUAGCUUGUCGCAAUUAUCAUAAAGAUAAUUUCCUUUCAAAGUCAAAAAAAACUAUAGAAUAUAAAUAUGAAACAAAUCAUACCAAAACAAAAAUAGUCAGCUUUGCUUAAUCUUGUUAUAAGAGACUUAAGAUGUUUUUAGAAAUUGGGGCAGUGUUUUUUAGUGCUGACCAUGAAUACUCUCGGGUGAUAUAUUUCCUUCUAAUGCUGUGUCCAUUUUCAGUUAUUUUUGCCAAAUUGUACAUGACGCAGAUAAUAUAGAAAUAUGUCAUGAAAUAAAAACUUUCAUAAAAAGGUGUCAUUAACAAGUAUCUUGAGAUAUAUAUAUGUAAUAAAAGAUGUCAUGAAAAAUAUUUAGAAAAAAAGAUUUCAUGAUCUUGAGGCCAUAGGCAUUAUCGUUAUAAAGAGAUGAAUGAGUAAAAAGUUUAGAGAAUUUGCUUAUUCCUACCAACCCCUCUACAUAUAAACUGUUUGGGGGAGACAUUAGUAGAAACAAACAAUUAAUUUCCUUUGGCCUAUGGUGCCUCUUUUUCAUGCCCAUAUACAUCGUUUCUGUUUUGUUUAAGAAAUCAUGUACCUGAGGCCAAAAAAAAAUCAAUCUUUUUUUCCACUAACAUCUCCAUAAUAUGGUUGGUAGGGUAGGCGUUUUUUUAAAGGGAACCCCGAUUUUUUUGUAUAAAACCAACCUAUGCCAGAAUAUAUCGCUAUUGUAAGAAGUUUUAAAUGUAAAAUGGUCAAAUUUUAACAUGUUCACUCAUAAAUGAACAUUUUUUAGGAAAUUGCACAACCCACUGUAAAGUAAAAAAACAGUGUAGGGUGGGGAGGAAAAAAUGGGGCGGUUGGGUUCGUGGAAACAAACAAUUAUUUUUUAAUGCCUUACAAUUAAGACUUAAGUUGGUACUUGAAAAUCCAAUUUUCUGCUUUAUAACAAAACUUAAAUUUUAGUUGUUCAGUGUACUAAUGCCGAAUCAGUUGCACGAUUCUUUAAAUUAUAAUAACAAUGUUCUAUUUAUAUUAUGCUUCUAUUUAUAUUUGUUUUUUAUAUUUAAUAGCUUCUUUGAAACAAUCUUUAUUGAUUAAGCAAGAUUGUAAAAUGUUUUGUUUCAUAUUGAAGAUAUGCAGGAGAUAGACAUAGUGAAUUGUUGUCUGUGCUGUCUGCAUUCCAAUACGCUCCGUUUUAGUUCAACUGGCUCUAAAACCCAGGUUCUUAUAAUGAUAAAGAGCGUUGAUUUGUUUUCGAGCGUCAAAAUGCUCAAGUUGAACGAUAUAUGCACAAAAGACAUAUACAAGUAGGUCUGCUGAAAAUAAUAAUUUAUUUUGAAACACACUGAGCUAAACUUGGAAUCAUAAGUUGCUUCUUGUUAUAUUAACAUGAAAAACAAAUGUUAUGAAAUGUAUGAUGCCAGCAUGAAAUAUAGGUAUGUUUAAUAUUGACAAAAUCAUGGUCAGAGUCAAUUUAGGGCUUGGCGCAAAACUGUCAUAAUUCCUUCUAUUUUUAGCUUGACUAUUCGAAGAAUAGGUGGGCUAUAUACUACUCGCCCCGGCGUUGGCAUCGGCGUCCGGUUAAAGUUUUAGGGCAAGUUGGGAUUUUCACUUAUAAGUCCAAUACCCUACAUUCAAUUGACUUAAUACUUCACGCAGUUGUUCAGGGCCAUCACAUGAUGAGGUUAGAUAACUCCAUAUCAUUCUUUACACAGAUUAUGGCCCCUAAUUGACUAUGGAACUUAGGUUAAAGUUUUAGGGCAAGUUGGAAUAUUUAUUAAUAACUUCUAUAUCCUUUGUUCAAUUGACUUAAUACUUCACACAGUUGUUCAGGACCAUCACACAAUGAGGUUACAUAACUCCAUGUUAUCCUAAAUACAAGUUACGGCCCCUGAUUGACUUAGGUUAAAGUUUUAGGGCAGGUUAAAGUUUUAGGGCAAGUUGGGAUUUUCACUUUAAACUCCAAUACCAUUCAUUCAAUUGACUUAAUACUUCACACAGAUGUUCAGAGCCAUCACAUAAUGAGGUUAGAUAACUCCAUAUUAUCUUUUAUACAAAUUACAGCCCCUGAUUGACUAUGGAACUUAGGUUAAAGUUUAAGGGCAGGUUAGGAUAUUGUUUAAUAACUUCUAUACCCUUCAUUCAAUUGACUUAAACUUCACACAAUUGUUCAGGACCAUCACCCAAUGAGGUUACAUAACUCCAUAUCCUUAAUACAAGUUAUGGCCCCUGAUUGACUUAGGUUAAAGUUUUAGGCAAGUAAAAGUUAAGGGCAAGUUGGGAUUUUAAUAAAAAAAAAUCUAUACCGUUCAUUAAAUGCACUUAAUAAAAUUCAAAAUUAUUUACGACCAUCUUACAACAAGAAACAUUACUCCGUUUUAAGCCUAAAUACAAAUAAUGACCCUUGAAUUUUUUAAUUUUUUUUAUUUCCUUUGAAAGGCAUAUUUGUAUAUUCUUAACCACAUUUUCAUAAUGGGAAAUCAAGUUAGUUGAAUGACUUACGUCAUUGUUUGGGCGGGCUGGUGGGAGGGCAGCAUCAAAGUCACCUUAUGAAUAGAAUAAUUUUAGUUAGGUUUGACAUAAAGAGACCAAACUUGGUAUUAUUACAUUGUUAUUGUAUUCUAAGUCAAAGCGGCAUUGUCGAGCGCGCUGUCUUACGACAGCUCUUGUUACAUGGAGUUAGGACCUGCUUGCAGCGUGUCCUUGAAAUGCUGUAUUUCUUUUGUCAACAAAACAUUUAGGAGGUGCAAUACCCUUGAUCAGACACUUUUUAACCAAUGACGAGUUUCGUAAAAAUAACAGCUGUUUUUCUUUGUCAAUAAAACUUUUUCCUGGAAUAAUGACUUUGAUCAGACCAAUUAUGACUUUUGUUGUUGAAUUAAUCAUAUAUUUUCCUAUCUUUAUUGGCUAUAAAUAUAUUUAUUUCUCCAAUUUUACCAAGGUUAAAACAAACAUAAUUAGUCCAUAAUUUAUGAUGUUAUUUUGAAAACAAAAAUGGAAAAUAAUUAAAUUGAUGAAUUUUGCUGAUAACAGCAGCAGUUUUUUUCCUAUGUCAUUGUGUCCUGAUCGGCUAUUGCUGUUCAUAAUGGUGGUGUAAUGUUUCAGAGUCAAUGAACGAAAUUGCUCUAUAUUCUGAGCAAGUUCAAGGUCACCAUGCUAUGCUGUUGAGAAUGAAUGAAAUUAAGAUUUCAAAAAUUGUGAAACCAUGUAAACAUUUUGAAAUUGAUAUAAAUUAUGGAAUACGAGAGUCAUCGAUUGGAAUCGAUAAUGUUACAAAAUAACUUGGCAAAUAUUUAAGGUUAUCAGAUGUUACUGCAGAUAAGUUGAUUGUUUUAAGGGCUUAUUGGGUCUUCACUUCCUUAAAAAUAAAGCCAUAUAAAUUAGAAAUUCAUAUGAUAGAUAUUAAAUAGACUUUUUACAAAUUGUCCUGUCAUUUGAUGGAGUACAACUUUUACAAAUAACAUGGCCGACUUACGAUUUCUUUAUAGAGCAUAUUAUGCUCAAGAAAAACUGAUUUUCAAGAAAACUGAUGUGGGUUUUUUUAAAUGUUACGUCAGCACUGCUUCUAUGAAUUACUAGAAAUUUGUUUGAUCAAACAGAAUUAUAUCAAAUUAUUACCUGUCUAGACAUAUUGAACAUAUUUAUGACAGCUUUGUACACCAGCUCAGUUGCACACAACUGACAGACUUGAGUAUGAUAUUCAGUCUUGUUUAGAAAAGAAUUUUAACAUAUUCUUGAGUUGAACUCUCAUUCACAGAUAGUAAAAAAUUGAUAUUUAUGACCAAAAGAUUUUUUCUGUUUAUUGCAUAUGGUAAAAAACUGAUUCGCAAGCAUUUUGCCAAAUAUGCAAAACUAGACUUGAAAUUUCUCACAAUGAAGUAGUUAAAGAAUUAUAUUGAGGAAAAUGUGAACACUGCGUCAAUAUGGCUUUAAGAAAUGUUGAAUAUUUCAAGGGCAUUACCUAAAAGAACCAAGAAAUUGUUUCAUUGUUCAUUUGUUACUAUUUUGCUAUAUUUUAUGACUUUGUUGUUUCAAAAUCACAUAAAAAAAUAAAUGUGAUAUUUCAUUGACUUGUAUAUUUUUUCCUUCAAUAUUUUUUUUCAUUGAAACUGUGUUGCAUGUUUUUCGAUUGUUUAAUUACAUCAUGAUGCGAAAAUGCUGUAUCUUUGUCUUUAUUUAUUAACGCUUGUUAAUGGUCAAAUCUUGAAAUUAUACAAUAAUGCUCAAAACUGCACAAAGUCAUAGUAUCACUGAUAAAAAAUUAUACUAACACAGAAUGCAAAUGAUGGGCCGAUUGUUCAGAACUUGGUUAAAGUUAACAACGUGAUUAACGACAUCGUUGUUAACUUUUAAACGUGAAUAUUUGAUGAUGUGCUCAUAUAUUUAAAUACAAACAAGUUCAGCUCAAAUUUUGUUAGAAAUACAGCAGAUAACAUGUGUAUCAAUUAAACUUCCAGAGCAGUAACGAUUUGAAAGUUAACAACAAUGAAGUUAAAUAACCUUGUUAACUUAAGGAAACUUCUGAACAAUCAGCCCAUUAUCUCAGAUAAUUAAUAACAAGCAACUUCACCCACUACCCUGGUUAUUGAAAUUAUUGUAUAUUGUUAAAUUGUAUAAUUUCAAUAUUGAGGGUAGUAGGUGAAGUAACCGUUUUGUACCAUGUUACCAAGGAAAACGUUCAAUAACUAGCAUGUGGUAUAACUAGUGACUUAUUGCACGGUAAGUGCUCUGCCUUCUGGUUACCAUUCUGAUAUGAAAAUUAAUAACUGAACAAAAACAACCGAACAGUUUUUCCACUAUGGUACAAGGAACUGUUGUAUUUUUGCUAUUAGACAUGUCAACUACGCAAAUUAUUUAUUACAACGUGCUGUAUACUUGUUGAGUCUGAGGAUUUCUCUCUGUUGAAGCUAAAAGCUCACUCAGCCAAGCUUUCGUCACAUUCUUUUGUAUCCAUGGCAACUGUUACAUUUUUAUUUGUUUUCAUUAUGUUGGUUCUGAUAAUUAAAUUAUUACUUUUCCUCAAUUCAAAAUUUUCCAUUUCUAGUUAGACUUUUCAGAACGAGAUUUCUGUAAGGAGCUAUAACUUAAUAAAAUGUAAUAAAUAUUACGAUUGAUUUUCCUCAUUUAUUAUUUUAACUUUCAAAAUGGUCUCAUUCAAAUCAUUUCCUCAUUCUUUAACUCAUGAAGAUUGAUAGAGUGGUUUGGUCAGACUGAAAUUUUAAAACAUUUUUUAAAAGAAAAUUGUACAUCUUUUUAGUAUUUGUUUCAAAAACAUAAAAUGAGUGUAAUGUGAUGAGAAAAUGUGACCAAAGUUUGGCAUUUCCAUUCAGCAGAUCACAAUUUGAAGGUAAACCAUGUUGGUUUAAAAUCGCUUGUGUUUUAUAAUUGUCCCUUGUUGCAUUAUAGAAAUAAAAAAAAGCAAUUGUCAAAUA